GAGUGUGUGUGCACAUACGCCAGCGCUUGUGUGUGAGUGCUCUUGGUUAUUUUGGGGAGGAGAAGAAAAAUCUUGGAAAUUUGGACAGAGUACCGGGUCCUGGUGAUUCUUUUGCAAAAAAAGCUGACCGGAGUGAGCUUUCAGAGCCAUUUCUGUGUGGGUAAAGAGAUUUUCCUCAGAGAAGGAUUUCUGCUCGGCUCUGCAGCCCAGUGAGAGAUCAGCCCCUAAACCUAGGAAAUCGACCAGUGCCUGCUGCUCCCAGGGUUUGAGAAGGACUCGAGAAGAAAAGGAGCGAUUAAUCAAACAGUGUGUCCGUUCCUUUGGCCACAUCAGAAGAUGUCAUCUCAAACUAAGUUCAAGAAAGACAAAGAAAUCAUUGCUGAAUAUGAAGCCCAAAUAAAAGAGAUCCGCACACAGCUGGUAGAGCAGUUCAAAUGCCUGGAGCAGCAGUCAGAGUCGCGGCUACAGCUGCUUCAGGACCUCCAGGAGUUCUUCCGCAGGAAGGCUGAGAUCGAGCUCGAGUACUCCCGCAGCCUGGAGAAGCUGGCUGAGCGGUUUUCCUCCAAAAUCCGCAGCUCCCGGGAGCACCAAUUCAAGAAGGACCAAUACCUGCUGUCACCAGUGAACUGUUGGUAUCUGGUCCUACAUCAGACCCGGCGGGAGAGCCGAGACCAUGCCACGCUCAAUGACAUCUUCAUGAACAAUGUCAUCGUCCGCCUCUCCCAGAUCAGUGAGGAUGUCAUCAGACUCUUCAAAAAGAGCAAGGAGAUCGGCCUGCAGAUGCACGAGGAGCUCCUGAAGGUGACCAACGAGCUGUACACAAGGCAGGCAAAGUAUUCCGAGAACAAGCUGAAGUGUACAAAGGCCCGGAAUGACUACUUGCUCAACCUGGCAGCCACCAAUGCAGCCAUCAGCAAAUACUACAUCCACGAUGUCUCUGAUCUCAUCGAUUGCUGUGAUCUGGGCUUUCAUGCCAGCCUGGCCCGCACCUUCCGGACCUACCUCUCUGCUGAGUACAACCUAGAAACCUCUCGCCACGAAGGGCUGGAUGUCAUCGAGAAUGCUGUGGACAACCUGGACUCCCGCAGUGACAAACACACAGUCAUGGACAUGUGCAACCAGGUCUUCUGUCCUCCACUCAAGUUCGAAUUCCAGCCCCACAUGGGGGAUGAGGUGUGCCAGGUCAGUGCCCAGCAGCCCGUCCAGACGGAACUGCUCAUGCGGUACCACCAGCUGCAGUCCAGGCUGGCUACACUCAAGAUCGAGAAUGAGGAGGUUAGAAAAACCCUGGAUGCUACCAUGCAGACCUUACAGGACAUGUUGACAGUGGAGGACUUCGACGUCUCAGAUGCCUUCCAACACAGCCGGUCCACUGAGUCUGUGAAGUCAGCCGCCUCUGAGACCUACAUGAGCAAGAUCAACAUUGCCAAACGGAGAGCCAACCAGCAGGAGACAGAGAUGUUUUAUUUUACAAAAUUCAAAGAGUAUGUAAACGGCAGUAAUCUCAUUACCAAGCUCCAGGCCAAGCAUGACCUACUCAAACAGACGCUGGGUGAAGGGGAAAGAGCAGAAUGUGGCACCACCAGGCCCCCCUGCCUUCCCCCUAAACCACAGAAAAUGAGGAGACCUAGGCCUCUUUCAGUGUAUAGCCAUAAACUCUUUAACGGCAGUAUGGAAACCUUCAUUAAGGAUUCAGGACAAGCUAUACCACUUGUAGUUGAGAGCUGCAUCCGAUACAUCAAUUUAUAUGGACUUCAACAGCAGGGGAUCUUCAGGGUGCCAGGAUCUCAGGUGGAAGUCAAUGACAUCAAAAAUUCAUUUGAGAGAGGUGAAGACCCACUUGUGGAUGAUCAAAAUGAACGAGAUAUCAAUUCAGUCGCUGGUGUUUUAAAAUUGUAUUUCCGAGGACUGGAAAACCCACUCUUUCCUAAGGAAAGGUUUCAAGAUUUGAUAUCUACUAUUAAACUGGAGAACCCAGCUGAGAGGGUGCACCAGAUCCAGCAAAUUCUCAUCACCCUGCCCCGCGUGGUCAUCGUGGUCAUGAGAUACCUCUUUGCUUUCCUCAACCACCUCUCCCAGUAUAGCGACGAGAACAUGAUGGAUCCCUACAACCUGGCCAUCUGCUUCGGGCCCACCCUCAUGCACAUCCCCGAUGGGCAGGACCCUGUGUCCUGCCAGGCACACGUCAAUGAAGUCAUCAAAACCAUCAUCAUCCAUCACGAAGCCAUCUUCCCCAGCCCCCGGGAACUCGAGGGACCCGUAUAUGAAAAAUGCAUGGCUGGAGGGGAAGAGUAUUGUGACAGCCCACACAGUGAGCCAGGGACCAUUGAUGAAGUUGACCAUGACAAUGGCACAGAGCCUCACACUAGUGAUGAAGAAGUGGAGCAGAUAGAAGCCAUUGCCAAGUUUGAUUAUGUGGGGCGGUCCCCACGUGAGCUGUCUUUCAAGAAGGGAGCCUCACUGCUCCUGUACCACCGUGCCUCUGAGGACUGGUGGGAGGGCCGUCACAAUGGCGUGGAUGGACUCAUCCCUCAUCAGUACAUAGUUGUACAAGACAUGGAUGAUGCCUUCUCUGACAGCUUGAGCCAAAAGGCUGAUAGCGAGGCCAGCAGUGGACCACUGCUGGAUGACAAGGCCUCCUCCAAGAACGACCUCCAGUCCCCUACGGAGCACAUUUCAGACUACGGCUUUGGGGGUGUGAUGGGCCGAGUGCGGUUGCGAUCGGAUGGAGCGGCCAUACCAAGGCGCCGAAGUGGUGGCGACACACACAGUUACAAAGUGAAGGAGAUGCUCCAUUCACACUCUGCCAGGCAGAAUGAUGGUAGAGGGGACAUUGAGAAGACCAUGAGCACCGCUUUGCAUGAGUUGCGGGAACUUGAGAGGCAGAACACAGUCAAGCAGGCACCGGAUGUGGUGCUGGACACCCUGGAGCCCCUGAAGAACCCACCAGGCCCCAUCAGUUCCGAGCCUGCCAGCCCCCUGCACACCAUUGUCAUACGCGACCCAGAUGCUGCCAUGCGCCGCAGCAGCAGCUCCUCCACUGAGAUGAUGACCACCUUCAAGCCAGCCCUGUCUGCCCGCCUGGCUGGUGCCCAGCUGCGCCCACCCCCUAUGCGGCCAGUAAGGCCAGUGGUCCAGCACCGGUCCAGCAGCAGCAGCAGCUCAGGCGUGGGCAGCCCAGCUGUGACGCCCACCGAGAAGAUGUUCCCCAACAGCACCACAGAUAAGUCAGGCACCAUGUGAUCUGAUGGAAGAGCGGUGUUGCCCUGGCUUACUGUGGCACACAUUGGCUUAGGGUAGCUUCGGUGGCUGCCACUCACUUCCCAGUGAUCCUGGCCUUGGAGGGCAGAGCCCGGGAGGUCAGCCUGGGAGAGCUCGUAUCAGUGGAGAGCUGAAGCCCAGGCAUUAGCUGCAGCUCAUGAUUCAGCCAUGUGAAUCCACAGACCUCUUGUGUGCAGACACUCCAAGGAAUGCUAGAGCGAGAGUAGCCCCAAGGACAGCCGCCCUGAGCUUGAGGUGGAAUGCUAGACGGCGUCUUGGCAUACCAUCACUGGAAGACUAGUUUCUUGACAGUCUCUCUACAUACUUGUAUAUGUGUGUGUAUAUAUAUGUGCAUACAUAUGCAUAUAUACGUAUGCACAUGUCUGUAAGUGUGUGUGUAUAUAUAUAUUUAUGCAUCUAUAUACAUAUACUAGAUCUGGACAUACACACAUGCUAAAUGUAUAUAGUAUUUCUUUUUUUCUUUUUAUGAAACUUAGAUUUACCUCAGACCCAUGCCACCAAACAUCUCCUGCUGAGUUAUUUGGUGGGAUUUGCAGGGACUUCUCUGGGAGGACUUACAGGCCCCACAAUAACUGCGAAUGAAGCAAUAUACCACUAACCUGCAGAAAAACAAACAGUCUCCCACUGUCUCCAGAAGUCGUGGCCUUCCAGAAUAGUCUGCCCCUACAGGAAGGGUGGGGCAGGCAGCACCCCAAGUAGGCUGCUCCUAGGAGUGGGGAACCCUUCACAGAAAACCCUUGGUUCACCCCAGAGACCUUGCCCUUCUACUCAGAGGCCAAGAGCCAACUCUACCCCAAAGGCAUGGGAGGAGGUUGGCGAGAAGGGCCCUGACCAUAGCAUCCUCAUGUUCUUGCAUAGAUCAGGAACCACAGGGAGAACCUGAGCCCCAGCAUAGCACAGUGGUUGGGAAAAAGGAAAAGAGAGAGAAAAAUACCGUGGUGUGAAGUACUUCCAAUCCUAGAAACGCUGUAGGAAUAAUUUGUGGUAACUACAGAGGUUUAACUUAUAUUGUCUUCAAAAUAUUUAAUUUUUCUUUUUCUUGUUCUAUUAUACUGUCAGAUUUUGAACUCAACAGACAAGGAGACUUUAGUCACAUUGUUUCAUUUGAAACCAAAUGUGAUCCCCUUUGGCCUUUGCCUGCCUGCAUGAAGUUCAUGAGCCCUGAGUGCCCAGUUAGGGCCAGAGGCUGUGGAGGGGUGACCUUGGGCACUGUCUGGGCCAGAGGACACCGCUGGCGAGUUUCCACAAGUGCAGUAGCUUUCUACCUUCCCUCCACUCCCACUUCAUCCACUCUCUUCAGAGCAUUUACUCUAAAUGAAAAUGUGGUGAUAGGCACAGAGGCAUGUUUCCCAAGUAAAAUGAGCAAGACAUUUCCUCUUGGAGGAAAAAAGGCCUCCUGAGUUGCUCUCGUUUAAUUCCAUUUUACCUCCUUUUCUAAAAUUUGCUUUGUAGACACAGGCUGUUUUUGGGUAAUGGAACCCAGAUAGGUCUGAGUACGGGGACCACUUUUACUUAGUCUCUCCUGCCAAGCUAAGGUCUCUUCCCUACUGCUCUUAGGCUCUCUCUUUCUCUUUCUCUCUCUCUCUCUCACUCUCAGUCUCGCUCUCACUCUCGAUCUCUCUCCCGCUCUCUCUCGGGAUCUCUGAGGUGUGGAGUCCCAACUUCAGAGUUUUCGAGUCUUAGCCCCUGUUCACUUAGGAGCUGUGUGACAUGGGUGCAUCCCUACACCUCACAGGGCUCAUUUUUUUCUUCCCCAUUCAACGAGGCUAAUAAAGAUCAGGUGGGAGUUAGCCGGCUGGGUGGCGUGGAAGGCAUUGUGCCAUCUUGAUCACUCUUAUCAUCAGGAAGGUGUCUUUCAGAUCCGAAACCAUCCAGACCUUCUUUUGAGAGAUUUUGAGAAAUUCAUGGAAUUUUCCUAUCAACUUACUCAGAGCCCAAAGCACAGCCCUGCAGGUGCUUGAAAUGACAUCCUUAGCAUCUCCUCCCACUGGAGUAGGACCUCUCCUCUGGUCCUCCAUUAAAAGGUAAACUCACCCAAGGAGGAGACCUAGUGAGCCCUGAUACCUGGGCAUGGAAGUAGAAAGCCAUCCUGACUCCUGUGGAGGACUGGUGCUGAGCCACGCAGCGGGAGGAGGAUGGGGGAGGACACCUACGAGGAUGGCAGGGAGAGCCUAAGGAUGGAGGCAACUUCUUGUUUUGCCUGGGGCAAUCAAUGCUUUGCUUUUACCUGCUGGAUCUGAAAGGCCCUCUGCCUUUGAGCACAGAAAGGUUGCCCCCUUCCCCAAAGAGGAAGGCCUGGAACCCACCCACAGUGUGACAGGUGCCUGGGAGGCUGGACUGAGUCAGCCUCGGAAGGUCAUUCGUUUGCCAGGAUGCUGUGCUACCCAGUCAGACACAAGACUCCUCAUUUCCACUCCAGAGAUACACCCUGACUUUAAAUCCAGUCACCCCCUCCCCCCAGUGAAAUUCUGCCACGGAUAUUAGAUGAAAAGCAAGAAUCUGAGUAGGCAGAUGCGUUGUGUGACACACAUAGUCGGGCUGUGCGGACUUUUCUCUUGACUGAUUUUGUUCUUCCUCACUGACAGUGGACCCUUGUUUCCCAGAAAUACCUGAAUGCAAAGCCUUAGCUGUUUUCUUUAGGCACCUAUUUUCUUUCCACUGAGAAUGGCUGGUGAGUCCACACUGCAGGGUGUGUGCUCACAGACGGCAGACUCCUCCCCACGGGUCCAGCCUGACCACCCGCGCCUUGGCGCAGAGCAGUGGAAAGAAGCGCCCCGAGCCCGCGCCCUCGCGCGCACCCUGCAUGUCUCCCUCCGCACCCCUCAUCACGCCCCACGAUGUCCACCGAACAUUGGCAUUCUCUUCCGAUUCCUGCCUGUUUUUAGUCCACUAUAUAGUGCUGUAUUUGCUUAAAUGCUGGAAAGUAACUGUUAAAAUGUGAAACUGUAAUUUUUUUAAAGGCUACGAUUAAAUGAUAGCCAAUGCCACUUACCAAAUCUUUGCACCUAGUAGAUAGAUCAAUGUAAAAACAAAUACCAGAAACCUAACUGUACAGUGAGUGUGGGGGGAAAUACGUAGUAACCUAGUUAGUAGUCCUCAAUAUAACCAGUUGUACAAGGGGAAGUGAUGUUUACCUAUUUGUUCAUCACCAUUACUGAAAGCUGAACCGAUCAGCUAGUCGAUAACGGGCAUUUUUUUUUUGGGGGGGGGGCUUCACAGGACGAUUUCUUAACCUUCAACUUACCCCUAGGUCAAGCCUUUGUCUUUCUGUAUAACCGAUGUUCAGUCUAUUUUAGGAAUGAACCAGCAAGAUGUUCAUUUAAAACUGACCAAAGACAAUUAGUUCCUGGUCUAGUUUCUUGGGCCUCCUGGUCCCGGCUGCCACUAAAGACUUUUCUGGGAUAAAAUUAAGAACAAGCCGUGCUUCCACACCUACUGUCCCUCCCUGCCCUCCCUCACUUCCUUUUCCUCUUAAAGUGCUGCUCUGAGCUGUGGGAUUCUAUGAAAAAUUCUUGCCUUUCCUUGUUUUCAGUGCUAACGAUUUCUCACCUUGAAGCGCCUUUUGAACCCUGGGCAGAGCACACAAUUGAAGGGAAUUGUGGGCUUGGGAAUUAGACUUGGGAGUCUUUUCUCUGAAGUCUCCAGGGCCAGGAGAGAAAUGGAUUCCCAAGGAACAAAAGGUUUCUACUCGCGACGAAAUUGGAAUGGGAAGAGACACAGGGAAAUUUAGCCAUCCUUCGGCUACCGGCUGGAACCAGCAGUUCAGAGAUCUGCCUUACAAACACUUAAAACUGGCUUUGGUACCCAAAAGAGAGCUGGUGUGGGGCCAGACCGCCUGCUCCACCGGCCUCCUUGGAGUGCCUUGGUGGGUAUAUCUCUCAUUCAGGAGGCAUGGAGGCGUGGAUGCGUGCAGAGGACUUCUCGUGACCUGGUCAUGCUUGCCACACAUGGAGAAGACCACAGGACUAACACUAGUUCCUCUUCUCUGUCUCUCUCCUCACUCUUCCCACAUCAGGUGGUUCCACACCAGAACAAAGGCCUCCUUCUCCUGAGGAGCCCAGAAAGAGCCGCUCACAUUGGUGGCUGUGGCCCUGCCGGGCAGGGGGGAAAGGGACAGUGGGGAGAGAAGGCAGGAAGGGCUGAGUGGGUGUCGCCUGGCUGAUUUUCUGCUGUGCAGAGCGAAAGCUGACAUUUCAUAGCAAUUUCUCCGGCUCUCUGGGGCCUUCUCUCUUCUGAGUAGCCAUGUAGAAAAUUCCCCACAUACCCAAAGCUGCCAGGGGAGCUGAGAAAGGGACUUAGCUGUCAGGUCCCAUCCUCCCGCCCCUCUGAGGUCCAUCUGCCAGGGUCCCACUGUCACAUCCUCUAGGACAGCCCUGUGGCUAUCGCUGCCCCUAGCAGACACCUCCUGUCUGUGUGAACUGUCACAGGCAAAUAGCAAAGCUGUUCCUUGAACCUGAACAACCCCAGUGCACUUUCUUCCUUAGACAGAAGCCGACCCUGGCUAGAGUUCUGCUCAGGCUCACGUUCCCCGGCAGUGUGACUGUUUACAUGGUUUGGCAGUAGGUUUGGUUCUGAUUGCUUCAGAGUGGCUGGUCUAUUUUGUUUCCUUUGGUUUCCUUCCUCCCCAGAUUGUGACAGGAAAAACAAAACAAAACAAAAAAA